GCUGCUUCAUCAUCAUGCUAGUGGUGUACUGGGUUCUUGGGUUCUUGGAUUCUAGAGAUGCAGCAUGUACCAACAAUCGUCGGAAAGUGAUUAUGUGCCAUGAAGCAUGCAGAUUUUCCAUGAAAGCAUGUUGAAGGCCAAUGAAGCGACGACCUCUGCAGCACCUACGAACCUUUGGAACUUUGGAACCGAUGAAAACUUCGCGUGUCGAGAGCAGAUCGGCAUACCUUUCGUGGAGUCUCCGUAGGGGAUGACAUCGCGUGCAUGGCUGCGUUCCACUUUUAUGGAGUGGAGUCAUUGGGGGCAUUGGAGGCAUUGGAAACUUGCUACUUCUUGAGUAGUUGAGAGUCUGAUGUCACUGUGGACCACAUCUUGGGUGGUGAGGACUUACAUUAUUGGAGAGGAGCCAACACUGGGUCGAUAUUGGGGCCGAGGGAAACAUUGCUGGUUUCAGACAGCAGAGCCGAGAAGCCGGGACAGAGUGCAGAAACGAAAGGAGACGUAAAGCGCGAGAGUAACGGAAUGGAACUUUAAAAGAUAUGUCAAAACAUGAGCAUCUGAUGAGGUUUAUGGUGGAGCACGGGAGCAGAAAGCGGUGGACAAUGAGCCAAAAAGGUGCGAAAUUGACUUUGAAAACGAGUCUGGAGGCAGGGUAAUACCUUAGAGAGGACAACUAGAUAUAGAGGUGGUAACUGUCUGGGUUGCUAAAGUGGGAAGCUAGUCUCCUGAAGUUUGAGCUGUAGGGCAGGACCAUCUCCGGGUUUUCCGCAACCACUUUAGCUCAAACUUCCCCGAUUACCGAAGGCCCCCUUCGGUUACAGAUCUGGUGGAUUAAAAAGUACACCCGGCAGCUGAAGAUGGCGGCUGAAGAGGGCAACAAAGGGCAAAGUAGCCAAGGGCAAAGACCUUUUAUCUGAAAUUUCGGCUGUAAGGAUUCACUUUAAAAGAAAUGGCGGAAUGUCAACUAAGGGCAGGAAAAAUGAGUGGAUGGCGAGGGAGGGAAGGACCGAAACCGAAGAGUGGAUGGUGACGUUGGAAGAAACAGUAGAAAGCAUCUGAGGAACGGGAUGUUUUCAUCAUCAGAACAGGGAUGGAAAAGAAUCUACAGUUCAGGCGUGGAUACUGUCUUCAGAGAUGGCGGUAACUGACACUGAGAGGAUCUGGGGCAAGCCGUGGAGGAAGAAGAUGUGGUUGAUAAAGAUAAGAGACUAAACAGAGUAGAUCAGGUAAAAUGAUGGGGUGGGUUGUUGAAUAAAGGCGAAAAGCAGAAACUGUUGAAACUGAUGGGCCUACUGCUGAACCUCGGGAGAGCGUGCAUAGGCCAAGUUAUAGACAAUCUAGCAAUCUCAUAACCACAGCGAGCCAGUCCAGUCCAGGAUGACAAGGAGGUAGCGCGAAAUGUGGGGUUAAGAGCAGGGACGGGAAGGCAGAGGUGCGAGAAGACACUAGUGUGUUGGGUCGCGUACCCUGGAUUUCUUAGAAACAUAUACUUAAAAUAGAGAGGAGUUACAGUACCUGUGUCCUUUCCCACAGAUAAGCAAAGCAUGAAGCCUGCCCUUGUCCUCUUGUUGAAUCUGCGGGGAUGGAAACACGUGGUUGAAUGGAUUGGCCCGGCUUUUCUAUAUUGUUCUUGCACAUCUGCAGCUGCUGGGUCCCAGAGACCAGGGCCUCCUCGACUGGAAGACCUGGACCUGGAUGGACCAUCACUGCGCUCCGUGGUUACCGAUCUGCUAAGAAGGUCUCCCCUUCAACAAAAAAAUCAAAAUUGUCUGGUUGUUACUGCACUUGAGUUUCGUUGCCGAUCGUUUUACUCUUAGUUUUUUCUAUCCUCUGUCUCGCUUCCUCCGUGGUCGAGAUAUCCCGGACGGUAAUAAGUUGGAGAUAGUAUCUGCAAUGCCUAUCUCGGAGAGUCUCUAAGAUCUUCUUGCGGAUCAGAAACACAGAGAGGAUAACUCUCUUUAGCGAGUGAAAAGAUUUCCGUUGAGAUAGAUUGUAGCGCGUGAUUCUGUGUAAUUAUAAGUCAGAGGAAAUGCCAAGCAAGAUAUCAGUUAUUUUAUGAAAGAGCGGGGUAAGCCUGAGCUGCCCGUGCGAACGAUCACUGUGAGUAAGCCACGGUCGGGGGUUGAAUGCAACUAUAUGCUGGACACGCGUGAUCGGAAUGGUUUUCAGCACCAACAGCGAGUGAGCCUCGUUGUGCUGUGUGUGUUCGUUGUCGACGAGGAGUUGAUACUUCAGAGGUUUCUGAAAACAAAUUUCUCCUGAAAGGCGCUCGAAGUCUAGGCCGUCACGACAAUUAUCCCGUGACAGCCGUCUGAAUUUGAUCCAACCGAAGGGACGAAGAGUCUCGUGUUCCUCCUGCCUACUUCAGCUCACAAACCAAGACGUUGUCGAAGGGUCGUUAUCGUUCGAAAACGCUGUUGGAUGGACAAGUCUAUCGGGGAAGCGCGUUCGUUGGGUCUGCGCUGGUCGACUACCGGAUGAUAGGAUCAGUGAAGAGUAGAGUGCUGCGGAAUUGGGUGGCAGUACUGGGCCGUGGAAGUGGCAUCACCUAGGCAGGAAUACCAAGAAGGUUUACAGAUAUGGAAUCGGCCCAUGGUGCACACACUGUGGACAGGCUUACACAGAGUGUUUUAGCUGACCUCUGAAGUUUAGCUUAGUUGAUCAUGGGGUCCGACUCUCUGUUUGUGGCAGCAAGACCGUAAGUGGGUCAAAAGGUAGAGUAGACCUCUCUCAGCUUUGCCAUACGUUGUAUUCUAGUAAGCAGUGUGUGAAUCUAGUGAGAGAAAUAUACCUUUGAGAGCUUGGCAAGUGCAGGCUGACAACCAUCAUUAUAGUGUGAAGGCUAUGGAAAGAGUCGUAUUGGAAACACUUGGUUCAGAACUCUACUGAGAUACCAGACAGUGACCCAGUUGGAGGAAACUCUAGAGUGCAUUUCAAGGCUCAAAGAUCUCUCGUAUUGGGCGGAGAUGGACGCCAGCGUUCGGCUGGUUCUUGCUUAUUAGCUUCAUGUUUUAUAAGGGGAUAGAUGGUGGUUUCCACUAUUCCGAAAGUGAAGUUAAUUUGAGAUAUUGUCGAUGUCAUCAUUGCUCGCUUACGGUCAAGGUUUUCUUACGGGGGAUAUAGGCGCUGGUGCAGGAUUAACAGAACCCUGGGCGCAGUCAUUUGGUUGGGGAGAUGGAGGAGCCGUAUCCAUGGAUCAGGACCCCGGUAGUGGUAGUGUGGAAGGCGCUGGUGUAUCCGACUUUUUUAGCUUGAUUCAAGAGGGCGCUCCCAUCUUUGAAGAGGUUCCUCCAUCACCUAAGCUCACCAACUGUCCGACAAAGAAGGAAUUGCAUUGGGACUCCCCUCCUCAGUCACCCAGCACACCAUUCGUACACUUGCCAUACUCCGUCUUGCAGAUUGUGGCUACCGGGACGAAGGCAGAUGCGGUGGUAGUAGGACUGUUCCAGGACAGGUCGAUUUAUGGACUUGAGACUCUCCUUUACCUGCCGAAGUCACUCAAUUUUGCUGAGUUUCUGGAGGUCGGGCCUGAUUUGUUGUCGCACAUCAACGGGAAGGUGACGAGCACGAAGAAUUUGGAUCUACCUGUGGAAUUCACCCGUGCACUUGGGAGACGGCCUGUAGCCUUUCUGGCUUACCACUUUUCGUUGGAAAAAUACAAUGGAGUACUUUUCGGGCUUUGGAACGACAGUGUCCGAGCAACUGCCGAGGAUGUCUUUGCGGACGCCGUGCAGUCCCUUCCCAUGCUUUUGUCCAAUCGCAUCAAUGCAAGGAAGUACGAACACCUUGGCAGACGGUUUGAUGCCAUCUUGAAGGUGAUGCCAGAGGCGGUUGUGUUCGUCGACGACGGGUGUGCCCAAGUCGUUAUCAAUCCUGCGGCGGCCGCCCUCUUAGAACUUCCAACUCAUGGUGAGGUUGACCCUAGUAAGGUUGCCGGGGCGAUGAGGAAGCUGACAGAGCGUUGCAGCACUCGAACAGAUCCUCAGCACUGGAUGAGACUGCUUACUGACGAUGACGAGUUGGAGAUCGAGGAAGACUGGGAGCUGAAGGAUCCACGGCGCGUUCUUCAUGUGCGUUCAUAUCCAGUGAGCAGUGAUGCUGCCCAUGGGCGUCUCUGGCUGUACGAAGAUGUUACUGCACCUAGGGCUGCCGAAGAGGCUAUAGAGGCUGCGAACAAGGGAAAAUCCCAGUUUCUUGCUAUGAUGAGUCAUGAGUUGCGGACUCCCAUGACUGGCGUGCUUGGGAUGCUGGACUUGUUGCAGCUGACAUCGCUGGUCCCAGAGCAGCAAGGUCUUAUGAAGAUUAUGCAGGAGUCUGCCGAAGGGCUGAUGGAAGUUAUAAACAAUAUCCUAGACUUCUGCAAGAUAGAAGCAGGUCGCCUCAUUCUUGAAGAGAUUGACUUCUCUCUUAGUGACACCCUUGAACAGAUCUAUGCAUUGAGUAAAAAGGAUAUUCUGGAGAAGGGCCUGGAGCUAAAAAUGGUCUCAGAACCGGGUGCCAGGAAUGUUGUCAGGGGCGAUCCUGUUCGUCUUCGACAGAUACUGAAGAACUUGGUCAGUAAUGCCAUUAAAUUCACUGAACGCGGCUGCGUUACUGUUUCUUGGCGUUAUUUGGAUUCCCAAUGUUUCGAUGCCACCGUGUCCGAGACCUCGUCAUCACCUGUGAAAAGAAGUGACUAUAUAAGCCAGAUACUACAGGCUCGACAAGGCAACUGCACCAUCAAACAAACCACUGCACUCAAUGGUCGUUCAGUUUUGACGGUAGAUUGCUCAGCCGGAGGAGCGUCUACGCCCCAUGCUGAGGCUUCUUGCGGCUCUAACCUUCCGAGCGUAUCAACUCCGAGGGAGUAUACGAGUCAUUUCCGACAAAAAAUUCUAUCAAGCGGCGAGAGAACGUCUUCAGACUUGAAAAUGAGCAGGAAACGACUCGCUUCAGACGCUUUUGGGAGUUCCCAUUCCGGUGAAAAGUUCAGCAAGCGGGAAAUUGCCUCAGUUGGGCAAAUAAGCUCUGUUUCCAGUUGCCUGACCGUCUCUAAUGAAGUUGUACUAAGAGCGGAGCCAUCAGGUAUUAAAUUGCCGGAUUAUGCCGAAAGGCUUACUAUCAGUGUUCCAUCAGAAGAUCGAGGGCUCUGGUCUGCCAAAUCUCCUAGACUGUUCCCAGAACAUCUCAAAAUGUCACAAAAGAAACCUCCGAAGGACUGUGGUCAACCACACUGUAUAGUAGCCUCAGGUGCGAGGGAAAUCUUUUCUCAAAACGAAUCAGACUCAUCUGUACCAGUCCAAGUGAAGCCCUUUGAUCCUACCAACCGUUCAUGCAUGAAUCUUCCCAUUCCUGACCUUAGCGUGAUAAAAAAAGCCGUAGAACAAUACACAGCACCUUCCAUUACAUCAGGAUUAGGAAGUCAAGAGAGGAAUCCCACAGUGUCUUCUAAUGAUUCAGGGGACAAUUUUUGCUCAGUAUCUGCCUCAGACGCAAAUGACCAAAAGGAGUCCCGUGCCUCUGGAGGUUUGCAGAUUUGUAAAGUAUGCGAUGGUGUAAUAUAUACUGCGAAUAGCGAGAGAGUAGAGGAGUUCAGAAGACCCGACGAAAAAGUCUGGCUGGAGGUAAAGAUUUCAGAUACAGGUGUUGGUAUCGGAGACGAGCAGCUUCGAAAGCUCUUUCUCGCAUCUCAAGCAGGGAGCCAGAGAAGGGAUGCAGCAGGAACUGGUCUUGGGCUUGCCAUUUGCAAAGGAUUACUGGGAUUGUUAGGAGGAAAGUUUCAGUUUGAGAGUAAAGUUGGAGAAGGGACCACAGUUACUGUGACCGUGCCUCUGCUACCUGCCGAAGAGGCAGUUGAGGUGCUUGUGGAGUCGGUGGUUCCAUUAGAGAAACCUGUUCCGACACAGUCUUCCACCAGUCAGGCCUCAUCGCAACAAUCGAAGACUUCUCCAAAGAAGAGCACACAAGUUAACGUGUUAGUUGCAGAGGACAACAUCGUCAAUCAACUAUUGAUUCGCAAGAUGUUUCGUCACUACGGACACGUGGUGGACGUCGUUGGAAAUGGAAAGCUUGCUGUGGAGGCGGUGCAAAAGAAAGCGUUCGACCUGGUUCUUAUGGAUGUGCAAAUGCCUAUACUUGAUGGUUUGAGUGCAACUAAGGCUAUCCGUGGUCUUCCAGCACCAGUAUCAAGGGUACCCAUCUACGCUCUAUCUGCUGACACUCCCGGAAGUGGACCCAUGGAGGAGACUGGUCUAGAUGGAUAUUUGUGCAAACCCAUAGCUUGGGAGAAAAUGUCAGGACUAGUUGAGAAAAUACUGGCCGCCAAGAAUGGUGAGUCGUAGCAAACCCGAAUCUGUAUAUUACGUUGGGUUAUACGGUAGGUAAACUUGUACAAAAGAGUUACAUUCUUUGUUGGAGCUAGCUGUAAGAUUCUAAAGCUCAUCGGAGAUGUAUGCAUUAGUCUUAUUUUUGGUCUAUGUUUCCAACCAACUUUUUGUUAAAGAAGAAUAGUCACAGGAGUCAUCGAAAUUUGCAAAUGGUUUGGCCUAAGUUCCGAUACUUCCUUCUUUCGAUGGUCUCGGUUCCUCCAAACUUUGACUCUAAACUUUGAUUGGUCAUGUCCCUUUGAGUUCGGUUCGAUUAUGACCCCGAUAUGAUCUGAGAACGAUUUUCGUAGGAAAUUAAAAAAUGGCCUUUCUUCCCU